CAUUCUUUUUGCGUCAUCACGUCGAUGUUGUGUACCGCGUCGGGGCAAAAUGGCGGCUGUUCACGACGGACCGAGCGACAUCGAGAGCGAGAAAGAAACAAAACCUGACGCUCUGAGCGACGAGUCGCCAUCAAACCUGCCUGGAAUAAUGAGCGGGACGCUUUCUACGUCGCUUCACGGCUCCACAACGGCUUCUGCUGUAGCACCGAAGACAGAAGAGCAGCAGCAGACUUUACUCGCCGUGCUGCAGUUCUUAAAGAGGAACAAACUCACGGAGUCGGUGGAUAUUCUGCGGCGUGAGGCGGGUUUACAGGAAGAGCCGGAGGAGGAUCGCGGGGCAGAAGCUGCAGCCCCGGGGCUCAACAGCGGCUGUGGGGACGCCAGCUCACUCCUCAGCAGGGUGUCUGCUCAAAGCGGCGCUCCGGCUAAAGGUGGAGACGACCAGCCAGAUGUCAGCGUCGUCCUCUCGGCAUACAGUCAGCAGGGGGAUCCUUCGUUGUAUCAGGUGUACUACAGCGGGCUGAAGAAGUUCAUCGAGUCCGUGCUGGACUGCCACAGGGCCGAGCUGUCGCAGCUCUUCUACCCGCUCUUCGUGCACAUGUACCUGGAGCUGGUUUACAACAACCAUGAAACUGAAGCGAAGGCGUUUUUCGAAAAGUUCAGCGGUGACCAGGAAUGCUACUACCACGACGAUCUGCACGUGCUUUCCGGCCUCACCAAGAAGGCGCACAUGAAAGGCAACGAGACUCUGCUGGAUUUCCGAACGAGUCGCUUCGUGCUGCGGAUUUCCCGCGACUCCUACCAGCUGCUGAAGCGGCACCUUCAGGAGCGGCAGAACAACCAGAUCUGGAACAUCAUCCAGGAGCACCUUUACAUCGACAUCUUCGAUGGCAUGCCACGCAGCAAGAAUCAGAUCGACAGCACGUCCGGCAGCCUGGCCGGAGAAGCAGUCCGAGAGGCCAACAAAGCUAAGGUGUACUACGGAUUGCUGAAGGAGCCAGAGAUCGAGGUCCCUCUCGACGAUGAAGACGAAGAGGCCGAGAACGAAGAGGGCAAACCCAAGAAGAAGAAACCCAAGAAGGACAGCAUGGGUUCAAAAAGCAAGAAGCAGGAUCCCAACGCACCACAACAAAACAGGAUUCCUCUACCAGAACUGAAGGACUCUGAUAAACUGGACAAAAUCAUGUACAUGAAAGAGGCCACGAAGAGGCUUCGUCUGGGUGCUGAAACUCUGCCCUCCAUAUGCUUCUACUCAUUCCUCAACGCUUACCAGGGUCUGACAGCCGUGGACGUUACAGACGACUCCAGUCUGAUAGCCGGAGGCUUCGCCGAUUCCACGGUGCGCGUGUGGAGCGUGACGCCCAAGAAACUCCGCAAGGUCAAAUCCUCAGCAGAACUCGGUCUCAUAGACAAGGAGUCAGAUGACGUGCUAGAAAGGAUAAUGGACGAAAAAACAUCCAGCGAGUCCAAGAUCCUGUACGGCCACAGCGGGCCAGUGUAUGCCGUCAGCUUCAGUCCUGACAGGAAUUAUCUGCUGUCGAGUUCAGAAGACGGCACCAUCAGGCUGUGGAGCUUGCAGACUUUCACCUGUCUGGUAGCUUAUAAAGGACACAAUUAUCCAGUGUGGGACACUCAGUUCUCUCCACAUGGAUACUACUUUGUGUCUGGAGGACAUGACAGAGUGGCACGGUUAUGGGCCACUGACCAUCACCAGCCUCUGCGUAUAUUCGCCGGCCAUCUCUCCGACGUCACCUGCACACGCUUCCACCCAAACUCUAACUACUUGUCCACGGGCUCAGCCGAUCGCACCGUUCGCCUCUGGGACGUCCUGAACGGCAACUGCGUCCGCAUUUUUACCGGACACAAGGGACCCGUCCACUCGCUGGCAUUCUCACCGAACGGGAAGUUUCUGGCGUCUGGCUCAACCGACGGCCGGGUCCUGCUGUGGGACAUUGGCCACGGACUCAUGUUUGGCGAUUUGAAGGGUCACAGCGACACCAUCUAUGCUCUCAAGUUCAGCAGAGAUGGCGAGAUCCUCGCCUCAGGCUCCAUGGACAACACGCUCCGGCUGUGGGACGUCACCAGAGCCAUCGACGACGUGGAAACGGACGAUUUCACAGCAGCCACGGGUCACAUUCACUUACCCGACAACUCUCAGGAGUUAUUACUGGGAACGUAUCUGACCAAAUCCACCCCCGUCAUCCACGUUCACUUCACCAGACGCAACCUGCUACUGGCUGCCGGCGCGUACACCUCCCAGUGAUCCCAGUACAGCCGCACCGCUUCCAAUCACCAAAACAUGCAGCACUGCCUGCAGAAGAGCUCAUAGGGUCUGUGUGGCUCGACUGCAUCAUGUUUAUUAAUGGGAUAUUAAAGUGAAGCAAAUGAAACUUAUGGACUUUACCACGUGUGUAUUUCCAUCAGUUCUACAGACACUGAUACUUCACUGCCAUACAGGUUUGUGAAGUCCUGAACUGUACAGUCUUUUAUACUUGUGUAAAUAAAACAUCUUUUCAUUGUUUGA